GGCCACCUUGCAACAUGGCGUAGCCGGCAACCAAUCCCGAGCCGGCGACGCCCUGUUCUUCUCUUCUUCUUCUCCGGCCGCCCGUUGCCCGUUCCCCCACGACAGUGGCUCGCCUGCCUGCCUGCCAGCCAGCCGUUCCCGGAGCCGUGCCUUGCCGUGGUAUUUACAUCCGCGCUGUGCUGUUUGCUGCAAGCCCCAGAGCCCCAGCGGCCUAAAUCGAAACCGCCGGACUCGGACUCCAAAAUGGGUACUGGUGCCUGCGCUUAAGUGCAGCGCCGCUACCCCCCGCCCCGCGGCCGGAUUUGGAAAGUCGCCGCGCACCCUCCCCGACCCGAUCAGCGAAACCACAGUGGCUGCUCGUACCCUCCGCACAGGGAAUGAGACAAGCUAUGCAAUAGUCUUGUAGAAGAUUGCAUUUCGUGUUAGUCCCAGCAAAUGGACCCAAAUCAACAGCAGCAACAAGCAUUACAUCAACAGCAACAAGUCAUGCAGCAGCAACAACAGCAAGCAAUGCAACAGCAGCAAGCAAUGCAGCAGCAGCAACAACAGCAACAGCAGCAGCAGCAGCAACAACAACAACAGAUGCAGCAAGGCCAAGCUCCUCAGGUGGUGCAACAGCAAGUGAUGGCAGUGCAUGAUGGUUCUACUGUGAGUGGUGCUGGUGCUGGCGGAGCAAGCGUAGCAAUGGGCAUGAUGACUCAAAAUCCUCAAGCUGUCACACUUGUUGCGUCUUCCAUGCCUUCAGGCAUGACUCAGGCUGGUCAACCGCAAGUUCAGCCUCAGCAGGUAACUGUGUCGAUGCAACAGCCGGGCAUGGCAGGUCAAGGGAUGAACCCAGGCCCUGGCCAAACCCAGAAUGCUAUGGUCCCGCAGUCCCAGUCAGGUGCAACUCCUCUGACUUCCAUGUCGUCCCUUCAUCAUUCCUUAGGACAUGCUCAUCCUAAUAUGGGUCAUUCUCAGAUGCAGCCAUUGCAGGUCAUACAACAGCCUCUUCAGAAUGGAUCAUACAUCCAGCAGUUGUACAACCCACAAGGCCAGCUUAUCAUGCCGGGAAACAUCGCUCUGCAUCAGGGUGGUAUGAACGCUCAACCAAUUCAAGUUAUAACAGCCAAUGGCAAGACAAUGCUACCGACUGGCCAGGCGUCCGCUUUCCCAAACUACAUACCCACCACUACAAAUCAGACGCUCAUCCUUUCAAACUUAUCAAAUCUUGGUGUAAUCAGCAGCCAACCUAAUUUGCUGCCUGCUCAGCCAGGUACUCCUACAGGAAAGCCUCAAGAUAUGCAGAAGGGAUUGUCAACGCAGACUGUUGUUAGUGCUGCCAAUGGUGGCAUGAAAACUUCCACUAUGGUCCAGCCUCAAACUCCUCAGCAACAGCAGCAGCAGCAAAAUCAAAAUCCACAGCAACAGCAGCAACCUGGUGGGCCACAGCAACAAUCUCUUUCAGGCUGUGUGGUGUCGCAACCUCAGUACGUGACAACGCAGGCGCCCACUGCUACAAUGCUUGGCGCCCAGGGCCAGAUUAUCAGCCCUCUUCAGCAGGGAGGACAGCCUAUGCAGUUUCCGUUCACUCAAUUUCCUCAGGGUAUUACCUGGACCUCCGGAGGGAUAAUUGGUAAUCAAAUACCCCAAAACCACAUCAUCAUUCGUCCUACUCAAGCUGAUGGCACACCAGGACCACCUCAAAUGUUCCUUCAGAGUCCUCCAUCACAAGUGAUGACACCUCAACCUCAGCAAAUGCCUGCUGUUCAGUCCAUUCAACAAAUGGGCAAGCCAAGACCAGCCCUGGAAAUGGCAACCAACAUCCAGCCCAAAAUGCAACCACGUGCAGUACCUACAAUUCUCCCCUCUCAAAAUCACAGACCAGCAACCUCCGUCUCCACCCAGACUUUCCAAAACGCUUCCCCCAGUCAGGUCCAAGCUCAGAAGAAUCAACAAAAGCCCAACCGUACUAAACUGGCGAUGGCCCGUGGGCCUCAGCCAAUCCCAGUGCAGCCUGCACCAGCGCCCACUCCUAUACCGAGCAUGCACAUGGCUCAAAACAAAGAUGCUAAUGGUCAGCCAAAAGUGGGAACUGGCAUGCCAUCUGUCUCUAUGCCUAGAAUGAUGGUAGCAAACGGCACUCAGAUGACUUCAGACAACAAGCAACUUGUACCAGCCCAAAUGAUGCAAGCUCAACAGGUUCAGCAACUGCAGCAGCAGAAAAUGAUGACCAUGCCUCAAAUGCAACAAGUUCCCUAUAUGCUCCAGUCCUCUCAGGGUGUAGUUAUGGUACAACAAAUGCCGCCUGGCCAGCAGGCACCUCCAGGAACAACAGUCCAGGCACAGACUGUUCAAACUCAAAUGUUGCAGCAGGCUCAACAAGCUCAGCACCAGGCUCAGCAGCAAGCACAGCAACAAGCCGUGCAGCACCAGCAGGCUCAGCAGCAGGCCGCGCAGCAAGCUCAGCAGCAGCAUGCGGCCCAGCAGCAGGCACAGCAGCAGGCACAGCAGCAGGCACAGCAGCAAGCCCAGCAGGCUCAGCACGCUGCUCAACAGGCACACGCGGCACACGCCGCACAGCAGCAGCAACAGCAGCACGCUGCCCAGCAGCAAGCGCAACAGCAAGCGCAGCAGCAGGCACAGCAGCAGGCACAACAGCAGGCACAACAGGGCCAGCGAGUCCAGACCCCUACGCCAGCACCGCAGGCUGUGGGGCAGCAGCCCAACCAGAUGCCUCAAGGCGCGGCUGGAGAUAGACCCAUCAUGCCUGUGGCCUCAAUGCCCUCCACAACAGUAACCACGACCCAAGCUUCUUCAACGCAGAGCUCACAGGCUCAGUCACAGCAAGCGUCUUCACCAAUGAUUCCAUCCAAACCGCUUGUAAAGGCUGAGAAGCCAAAUGCCAAUGGAGAAGCUCAGACUAAUGGGGUUGAUGAAGUCAAAGCCAGUGGUCCACCUAAAGCAAUGGUCAAGCCUCAAGUGCUUACACAUGUUAUAGAGGGUUUCGUCAUUCAUGAAGCAUCAGAACCUUUCCCUGUUGGUCGGUCUCUAAGUGAUUUGACAAGUAAGGCAAAUAUCCAAGAUGCCAAGCCUGAAUCUGACGACGAGCCUCCUCGGAAGAAAGCCAAUGUUGAUAAUAUCCAAGGAGAUCUCAGCAAAUGUGAAACAUGUGGGAAACUGGGCAAUUAUGGCAAAAAGAAGAGACGAUUCUGUAACCCCAACUGUGCCAAAAACAAGAAAGUGGGUCCAUCUGCUGGUGAAGUUAAUGGAACUGUUACCAAGGACUCAAAUAUCAUGGAUACAAGUGCAGAUACCAAUACAGCUGUAACGCCAAUGGAUUCUGAUUUGCCAAGAUCCUUCACUGCUGAAGCUCCUGGUAUUAACCCGGUGAUGAACUGGACGGUCAAUGAGGUGGUUGAGUUCAUUCGCAAUCUUCCUGGCUGUAAUGACUAUGCUGAGGAUUUUGCUAUCCAGGAAAUAGAUGGCCAGGCUUUAAUGCUGUUAAAAGCAGACCAUCUUAUGGCAGCUAUGUCAAUGAAACUUGGGCCUGCAUUGAAAAUUUGUGCCAAGAUUGACACUUUCCGAGUGGACACACAAAGUGCAACACAGGAAAAAGCUUAGUGGUUUUUAGUUUCAUAGUUUAUUUCUUUACUUUAUGACUUUGUGAUGUGUAGUCGUGUAAAUUGUGUAAAUUUUGAAGCUAGCAAAAGCCCCAUUGUGGAGUUUGUGCUCUUCAGUACUGACUGCCUGUCAGCUUAAAGACAUUUACUUAUACCUAAUAUUUGGUAUGUCAAUAUGUUAGUCAGUUAAAUUUUAAAUCAUUAUUUAUGCAUCUUGUUGUAUAUAUGUCCUAUUACCUUUCAGAUUAUAUAAUUUUCUUCUUUCACGAACUUGAUGCCUGUACAUUUAAAUUCUAUCCUCCAAUGUGUUCCAUUUGAGUCAUACAAUAUUGUACUUUAGGCUGUUACUUCAAGCUGGGGUCAAAUGUAGAUUAUUUAAAUUAAUACUCUGUUAAAUGUAUACAUUUGUAAUCAAGUCUCCCAGCUGGGAUAAUGCUAAAUUGAAAUUUAUGUCUAAGAUGGGGCCUUUCCAUUUCAUUGAAUUAUUUCGCUUGAGUUUUCAAUUGCCAUAUCAAGUGUCAUGGGCCCUGUUGACUUGAUGAUACCAUAUCUGAGACAUACUUUUAUGUCUCCGCAAAACUUUGUAGUAUUGUGGUCAAUAAAUCACACUCCAGUCUCUGUUGAUUGGUUUUGUUGAUAAGCUAGUCAUACCAUGCAACCUUAGUAAGGAUCUGAUCUAAGAAAACUUUGAUGAAACUCUAAGUGAAAUGUUGUCCACAAGGGAGGUGUUUGUAAUGUGACAGUAGAUGAGACUGAAGACAAAGGUCUGCUGUUCACUACUUAUCAUAAAAGGAACCAUUAAAUUAAUAAAAUGUGUGGGACUGGUACUUAAUGACUGCCUUAAAUGUUUGCUAAGUUAAUUGUAUAAAAUAUAGGUCUAGUUUCAAUGUGUUAAUAAGUUAUUGUCAGCUCAGUCCAAAUGUUUAAAAAGAAAACCUGUUUCUGCUGUCUUUAAGUUUUCCAUAGGGAACAAAUUAUGUUGACCAGCAAAGUGUGAAUUUACGACUUUGGCAAAUGAAUUAUUUUAGCCUCUUUAAAGAUUGCAUUAUUUUUUAUGUUUAAAGUGGCUAGAAAAGUUCAAUUUUUAAAUGUUGACUAUUUUUUGCCCAACCUGUUACUGUGGUUGUUGAGAAAUGUCAUGGUAGCUGAAGUCUCAUUAAAGUUGUUAUUUACAUAUAUCAAUUUUCAUCUGCUCAUGUUUUAUUUUCUUGUAAUUAUGUAUAAAGGGAAUCAUUUGCAUAUGAACCAUAAAUGCUCUAAUUUUGUACCUAUGAUUACUGCUCUCAGAUCCUGAUACAAUUUUCUUGCAUGUGUGUUUCAUGUGUCUUCAACAAAACUGUGAUACCAUUUAGUUUGCGUCAUCCUCUUUAUGUAUUAUUAAGUAUUGUCAGUAAAUUUGCUGCUGUUGUUCUCAGAGAAUUUGCUUGGUACAAACUGUCUUGUACCUGUAUAGAGUACUUCAAGCUUCUUUCCCAUUAAUUGUGAAUGAUAAUUUCUUGGCUUAUCCCUGACUCAAUGAUAAUUGAUGGGCUGGUGAUGUAAUGUUGGCCUCAUCUUAUCACAAUUUUUUUUACUCUAUGGAAUUAAAUCACUGCCAACUUGUUUUAGUGUUUUUUUUUUCUUUUUGUUUUGAAGCUUUAAUUAAUAAUCUUCUAUCUCAAAUAAAAAUACUGUUAAUGAUUUUUUA